AUGCCGUCACAGCUGCAUGACUUGAUCGCCAAUGGCGGUUUUUGCAAGCCAGCUAGUUUCUCCCACGUGGAGGGAUCUUUCCCGCUCGACGAAGCCCUCGAGCAAGCUCUGCCAAAGUCGUUUACUCUGUUAUCUGCGACGCCGUUUGCCAAGUCUGACUUCUCCAUUACCGGCCGUCUCGACGGUAGAAUAUUGCCAGACAGCUCUCCAAAGAGCUACUUUGUCAAGUGUGCUAGCGGUGACGAGGGCAGGAUGAUGCUGGAAGGCGAACACGCAUCCCUCCGUGCUAUAGAAGCUGCAUCCCCGGGCUUGGUUCCAGGCGUCGUCGGCUUUGGAGAAUUCAAGAGCAGACCGUUGGGCCAUAGCAUCUACUUUCUUGUCGAGGACUUCCUCGAGCUCCGCAAGCCUUCAGUGCCCGAUCCUGACGAGUUCGCCGCCCGCAUUGUGGGCAUGCACCUCGGCGGAAAGUCCCCAGAAGGCAAGUUUGGCUUUCCUAUUCCCACAUGCGACGGCCCUCUUCCCCAUCCGGUAGCGUGGCAAGAGAGCUGGUCGGCAUUUUACGCAACCCUCCUUCGCAGCCGUGUCCGUUUGGAUGCCGAAGCAUGCGGGUCUUGGCCGGAGCUGGAGCGGGCAGCGGAGCAGAUUGUAUCCAAGGUCGUGCCGAGACUGCUCGGAUCAUUGACCUGGCGCGGCAAACCGAUCCAGCCGAGUCUGAUUCAUGGCGAUCUAUGGGAUGCCAACGUCGGCACGCUCCAGACAGGAGAGACUAUCAUUUACGACGCAGGCUCAUACUAUGCUCACAAUGAGAUGGAGCUUGGGAUAUGGAGGGUAAUCUAUGCUGAAACCCUGGGCGCGAGCGCUUAUAAAGAGGCGUAUUUACGGUUAUGCCCACCUGCUGAGCCAGCGAAUGAAUGGGAUGAUCGCAACAGGUUAUACAGCCUCAAAUGCAAUCUAAACUGGUCAGCUACAGAUCCGGGUAUCAUAACAAGGACCAUAGCAUACAAUGAUAUGUGUUAUCUUUGCGAAAAAUAUGCCCCCUUGGAUGGGAUAGCAAAGUAUGAUCCUAGCAAGGAUCCGACGGUUAACCCUAUCGCACAAUGA